UAAUCUUCUAUAUAUGCCCACACAAUUAGUAUAUACUUUAUCCGUUACUGAUUAACUGAAACAUAUCAUGCAUGUAAUCAGAUUUGUAGGAUUUAUAUAUGAUAGAUAAGAUCCCUCAAGGAAGGCCUAUUCAUAGAGGGGAGAUUUUCUUCAUCUUCUCAUUUUUUUUCUCAAAUCUUCCUAGAAAUGAAUGCAAAGGGAAUCAUGGAUACUGGUAAAGGAGCUGGGAACGCCAAUUGGUUUGUUAAGGAUGAUGAUGCCUGUGAAUCAACAUCCAUUGAAUCUGUAUCAGAAGAUUCAAAGAACUCUGUGUGUUCAUCAUCUUCAUCAGAGUUGGCAGAUGAGGAGGAAUCCUCUUCAGCAUCUAAUUUGUCAACAUCCUCUUCAUCAUCACAUUCAAAUGGUCCUUUAUAUGAACUUUCAGAGCUCAUGAGCCAUCUCCCUUUAAAGAGAGGCUUGUCUAAGUUCUAUGAAGGGAAGGCUCAGUCAUUCAGUUCAUUAUCAAGGGUGCAGAGCCUAGAAGAUCUUUCUAAGAAAGACAGACCUACUAAUCACAGAAAGAAAAUGAAAUCAUGCAAUAGCCACAGAAUAUCCUACACUCCAAAGGCUACAAUAUCAAAGAAAUCUUCCAGAAGAGGACCAUUUGUAUCUGUACUAACUAAAAGAGGACCUUCCUUUGCUUUACACAGAAACUUUUGAAAUCCAACAUUUAAAAGUUUGCUUAUGUUUCAUGCACAAAAUGGGGAAAAUUUUGAAUCCCUCAGUUUGGAAAAAGUCAUUUUAACCAUUACAUAUUGAUUUUGCUA